UAAGACGUGAAAAUCGAGCAGAGAAGAAGAAUUCUGUGGAAGAAGUGGAGCUUAUUUGCUGGCGCUGAUGUUGUAAAUGUGUUACAGAAAGGCAACACGCGUUUCAAAACAAGAAAGCGCACUAGUAACGUGUAAGUACGCGAUCCGUAUGUGAAGGAGUAUCAAAGUGCGGUCCUAGUAGAGAACACCUGCGAUUCGCGUCGCGUUCACUGCGAUAAUCAUGGGCGACAAGGAGACUUGCUCUUCAUCCGCCGCAAAUAAAGACAAGGACUCCACGCUUCUGCUCACCAAAGACGGACAGAGGUACUUCGUCAGUAAAAGCGGAGCCGUGGACAGCAGAAACGUGACGACGCCGCACGAGUCGGAGAACAACGCGUCCUCUUUCAGCGUGGACGACCCGGACGAGGAGAGCGACGUCCUGGACGCUUCCGACCCCCGAGACGGCGCCGCCAGCCCGGAGGAGCUCAACGAAGAGGAGACCUCGGAGGGCGACAACGCCCCCAAGCAGUGCACCUACGAAGGCUGCACCGAGACCACCACGCAGGUGGCCAAGCAGAGGAAGCCGUGGAUGUGCAAAAAGCACCGCAACAAGAUGUAUAAGGAUAAAUAUAAGAAGAAGAAGAGCGACCAGGCCAUGUCCAGCGGGAAGCUCGAUGAAGCCAACGAGGAGCGGCCGGUGUCCGUGAACAAACAGCGCCUGGGGGCCAUGGGGGACCGUCCGGCCAGACCCUCCCUUAUAGAGCAGGUCCUCAACCAGAAAAGACUGUCUCUGCUCAGGAGUCCAGAGGUGAUCCGGUUCCUCCAGCAGCAGCAGCAGCUCCUGGCCGCACAAAGCCGCAGCCAAUCACAGCAGCACUUCCAGGGUUGUUGACGCCGAACAGUGUGCAUCCGACAGUUUUUAUGCGAUGCAUCACAAGGACUGUGGGGGGGGGGGGGUGCAAAUAGCUAACUCUACUUGGUGCGUAAUUAGAUAAACCUGCACACUGCACCAAAUCUGACCUUGAACUGUUACAGAGAAUAAUUUCUUAAAGUGCAAGGAAAUGUUUCUCUCCAUUUCCUUUACGUUUUAGUUUAAUUAUAAGGGUGCUUUUUUUUUUUUAGGACCCGAAACUGUAACUUGCAGCACUAUGUUAUGUAUUUAUGUAGCAUUUUCUGGUCACUUAUUUAUUCUGUAUGUUCAUUCUGUCUCUGAUUUCUGGUAUUUCUGUAUCAAUUAAUGUGAACAUAAAACCUGAUGUAAUUCAGCUAAAUUAUAGUAGCAGCACAUGCACAGUUCAAUGUUUUUCUUUGUGACAAUCAUAUUUUCACCUGACAAAAAGCUUCACGUUUUACCUUUUGGAUUUAUUGUUUCCAUCUUAAAAGUUCAGUCCAAGCUAAAUCACAUAUAUAUGUAAAUAAGUGAACACAAGACGAAACGUAUGAUUUGAAAAUGUAAGUUAUUGUGUGACGUCUGUGUUGUACAGUGUAUCUCCUGCUGAGUGUAUAAAAAUAAAAAAAACACGAUUACUGCUAGUGAUCGGCUACAGAAUGAA